CCCCUCGGCACGGACAUGGCACCCGUUGCCAUAGCGGCGCGGGCGCUGCUGCUCCUGGCCGCGGUGGGUCCGGCGGCCGCGCUAUGGCCGCAGCCGCAGCUGCAGCGCUCCCCGCCGGCCCCCGCCCGCUGCCCGCUGCCCCCCGCCCGCUUCCGCUUCGCGCACGCCGCCGGCUCCGCCGUGGGGCCGGGCUGCGCCGUGCUGGACGAGGCCUUCCAGCGAUACUGGGCGCUGAUCUUCGCCGCGGCGCGGCCCGCAGAGAACAAGCAGCCCUGGAGGACAUCCUGCACUGAACUCCUCAUCUCAGUCGCCACACCAGGCUGCAAUGGCUUUCCCAACCUGGACUCCAAGGAGAGCUAUAAACUGAAUAUCUCAAGAGACUCCAUGCUGCUCUAUGCCGAUGCUGUCUGGGGAGCUCUUAGAGGUCUGGAGACAUUCAGCCAGCUUGUUGGGAGAGAUGAGAACGGCAUGUACUAUAUCAAUGAGACAGAAAUUGUGGACUUUCCCCGCUUCCCUCACCGAGGCCUGUUGCUGGACACCUCUCGCCACUACCUGCCUCUGAAAGCCAUCUUGGAAACUCUGGAUGUCAUGGCUUACAACAAGUUAAAUGUGUUUCACUGGCACAUUGUAGACGAUCCAUCAUUCCCAUAUGAGAGCUUUACUUUCCCGGAGCUUAGCAGGCAGGGAGCCUUCAAUGCCAUGAGCCAUGUGUACACAGCCAGUGACGUGCAGACAGUAAUCGAGUAUGCUCGUCUCCGUGGCAUCAGAGUCAUUGCAGAGUUUGACACACCUGGGCACACACUUUCCUGGGGUCCAGGUGCUCCAGGCCUCCUGACUCCAUGCUAUUUGGGCAAGGAUCCUUCUGGGACCUAUGGGCCCAUCAACCCCAUCUUCAACACCACCUAUCAGUUUGUGACCAGUUUGUUUCAGGAGAUCAGCUCAGUGUUCCCAGACUACUUUAUUCACCUUGGUGGCGAUGAGGUGGACUUCACGUGCUGGAAGUCCAAUCCAGACAUUCUUGUCUUCAUGAAGAAGAUGGGCUUUGGUGAAGAUUACACAAAAUUAGAAUCAUACUACAUCCAGAGACUUCUGGACAUCGUCUCUUCCCUUGGCAAGGGCUAUAUGGUGUGGCAGGAGGUUUUUGACAAUGGAGUGAAGGUGAGGCCAGACACGAUCAUCCACGUGUGGAAAAACAAGCCGCCGUAUGCGGAGGAGAUGGCAAAUGUCACCAAGGCUGGCUACAGGGCUCUGCUCUCUGCCCCCUGGUACCUCAACCGCAUCUCCUACGGGCAAGACUGGAUGGCAGCCUACCAGGUGGAGCCCUUGAAGUUCAAUGGCAGCACUAAGCAGAAGGAUCUGGUGAUUGGCGGGGAGGCAUGCAUGUGGGGUGAAUACGUGGACGUCACCAACUUGACCCCCAGGCUCUGGCCGAGAGCCGGGGCUGUGGCUGAGAGACUUUGGAGUAAUGCAACAGUGAGGAACCUGCAAGAUGCUUAUGUGCGGUUGGCUGACUUCCGCUGCGAGCUUCUCAGGCGAGGUGUCCAGGCAGAGCCUCUCUUCAUAGGAUACUGUGAUCAUGAAUUCGGUGGGUUUUGAAAGGAGAAUCCCACUGCUCUCAGUCUCUGUGCACACCAGAGGAAUGAUCUCUUGCUCUCUCAAAAGCUGCUGGCAUGGUAAAGGGACCCCUUUCCUCCCCCUGCUUUUGCAUUGUUGCAAUGAACGUUUUUUUCCUUAGCGUGCACUCUUUGCCUCUUUUUCUAUUUUGGUUUCUUUAAAUCUAUAAAUAAAUGACCUCAAAGAGAAAAA